UUUCAAACACUGUUUCUUCCUCUGCUUUCGAGUUUCAUCGUCUUCUAGCUUCCUCUUGGCCUCUUAUAUUUUUUCAGAGUGCCAUGGCGGUCUCCAUCUCUGUAUUCUCUUCAAUUCAUUUACUUGCUCUUCCAAUCUUCGCCCAUUCCCGUACAUAAAUCCACCCGCUUACUUUCCAGUAUUGCUCUGUACUUGUGCUGCUUUUCUUCCUCAUCCAUGGACUGGAAAAAGAAACUCGCGCUUCCUCAUCAGUUUCCGCACGCUCUCUCUUCAAGAAGAAAGCUAGUUUCUGGUUUUAGCUUAGGUGUUGGGGCUUCUCUAAUUGUUCUCACUGUUUUAGUUCUUAGCUACUCUUUGAAGUCUCCUUUCAUGAUCAAACCAUUCUUUCAAAGCUCUUCUAGUUUUAGAGGUAAUUUUUCUGUUGUUUCAUGGCCCUUCUCUUUUGCACCUUCUCCUUCUUCUGCCGCUGUGGGUACUGCAAAUGGAACUGUUGUAGAUAAAACCCACGAAGUAAAUUUGUCACUACCUGCUAAAGAUGCAAGUAUUUUGGGAAAUACCCAAGUUGCCCGCGAAGCUGAUGUGCUUGAUUUCACUAACAAUAGGGAGUUUUUGGAUUCUAAUGUGAGCGGAACGGUUUCAGAGAAGACCCAUUCGGCGAAUUUAUCUAAAGAAGGAAACAAUUUCAGUCAUUCUGCUAAGGAGAAUGUGACUGGUGAGAAAUGUUUUGAUGGGAGCUUUAGCAAUGCAACAUUUGUGAAUGGGAGUUCUAUGAUUAAGUCUGCAGGAUCUAGCGAGAAUUCAAAUUUUGGGAACAUAAGGGUCAGUGAAAAUAGCAGUGCGGUAAAUCUGUCGCACAAUGGAGGGAAUGCUCUGCUUCCUGGUGAAGAAGAAAGGGCUCCAGAGAUGAAUGGCCGGGGAAAUUUCACUGAGAAAAAUAAUAUCACAUUCUCCUCUGAUUAUGAUUCUCAGCUUACGGAAAUGCAGAAUGGUUCUUAUGGGGCAUGUGAUAUAUUUAAUGGUAGAUGGGUGAGAGAUGAUUCAAAGCCAUAUUAUCCUGCUGGGUCUUGUCCUUACAUUGAUAGGGACUUUGAUUGUCACCUCAAUGGGAGGCCAGACAAUGCGUUCUUGAGAUGGAAAUGGCAACCGAAUGGGUGUGACAUUCCAAGUCUAAAUGCCACUGAUUUUCUGGAGAGGUUGAGAGGAAAGAAACUGGUUUUUGUCGGGGAUUCACUAAAUAGGAACAUGUGGGAGUCUCUGGUGUGCAUUCUCUGCCAUAGCAUCCGAAACAAAAAAAGGGUUUACGAGAUCUCAGGAAGAAGAGAAUUCAAGAAGAAGGGGUUUUAUGCCUUCAGAUUUGAGGACUAUAACUGUUCUGUAGAUUUUGUUGGUGCUCCAUUCCUCGUCCGAGAAUCAUCUUUCAAGGGUACAAAUGGGUCAUUUGAAACUCUAAGAUUGGACUUGAUGGACCGCACAACUUCAAUGUAUCAUGAUGCUGAUGUAAUAGUCUUCAACACAGGUCAUUGGUGGACUCAUGAGAAAACUUCCAGAGGAGAGGACUACUAUCAAGAAGGCAACCAUGUACAUCCAAGACUUAAGGUCCUAGAAGCAUACAAGAGGGCCCUUAGGACUUGGGCCAGAUGGGUUGACAAGAACAUUGAUAGCAACAGAACUCAGGUUUUCUUCAGAGGGUAUUCAGUCACCCAUUUCAGGGGGGGGCCGUGGAACUCAGGAGGGCAGUGCCACAAAGAAACCGAACCGAUCUCCAAUGCAAUUUUCUUGGCCAAGUACCCCUCAAAGAUGAGGGCUCUAGAGCAUGUGCUUGGGGAAAUGAAAACUCCAGUAAUUUACCUGAACAUAAGUAGGCUCACAGAUUACAGAAAAGAUGGGCAUCCUUCAAUAUACAGGAGGGAAUACAAGACAUUAGAAGAACAAAUUGCAGCCGAGCAGUCCCAAGAUUGUAGCCAUUGGUGCUUGCCAGGGGUGCCUGAUACUUGGAAUGAGUUGCUGUAUGCUUCUCUAUUGGUGACAAGAAGAAACUAAAUGAGAGAUUUACACCAACACACUCGUUGCAUAAUCAAGAGAAAAGAAAGCUAUUCAUCAUGGGAAUAGUAUCAUGGGGGAAUUAUAGUAUCAUGGAGGAAUUACAGGGCGUCGCAUCAUCCCGUCACCCGUGAUGUUAUUCCCAUGAUGAAUAGUAGUGCUCUACAUGAAAAUGAAAAUUCGAUAUUCAUUUCUUUUAGCUUUUCUGGGUUUCAGUCCUUGUGUAACAUUUGUUGAUUGAUUGAUCAUAAAUGUCAAUUUUUGAACUCGUGAAGUCCAGUGAAGGCAAAGUGAGGCUGUUUUAGAAAUAAGAGUAAUUGCUGAAGAUGAGUAGGACAAGACAUUUCCAUUUGCGUA